AGUAUAAAUGGUAGGCGAUGUAGUUGACUUGAAUUCUAUCGACCUGCAAAAUCGGAUUGAGAUUACCCGACCACUGAAGAACAUAUGCGCGCUGAAUCUGUAUCCGUAGCAGUACUGUAACGACGACAAUGAAGUGCCCCUACUGUUCGGCGGCGCAGGGGCGGUGCGCCACCUCGAGCACUGGCAAGUCCAUCACCGAGUGCGUUUCAUGCGGCCGCGUUGUUGAAGAGCGACAAUUCCAGCCUCAUCACCUCUUCCACCUUCGCGCUCAAGAUAACCCCCUUUGUCUCGUCACCUCCGACCUACCCUCCCCUCCGGUCCACCACCAGAACGAUCAGGUUUUGGAUCCUUUCGAGCCCACAGGCUUCAUUACAGCCUUCUCCACAUGGUCCUUGGAGCACAAUCCACUCUUCUUCCGCUCCUGCUUCUCCUUCUCCGGUCACCUUGCGGAGCUCGAGCGCACCCUAGAGUCUACGUCGUCAGCCAAUUUACCGUCGUCGUCGACGGUCGUGGUCGAUAACCUUAGGGCUUAUAUGCAGAUUAUCGAUGUGGCUUCUCUUUUGGGGUUGGAUUACUACAUUUCCGAGCAUGCGUUUAAGUUGUUUAGAGAUUGCUGUUCGGCUACUUGUUUAAGGAACCGGAGCGUUGAGGCGCUUGCCACUGCUGCACUUGUGCAGGCAAUUAGGGAGGCGCAGGAGCCCCGAACCCUUCAGGAAAUCUCCAUUGCAGCCAAUGUACCCCAAAAAGAGAUAGGGAAGUACAUCAAGAUUUUGGGAGAAGCUUUGCAAUUAAGUCAACCCAUCAACAGCAAUUCCAUUUCAGUCCAUAUGCCAAGGUUCUGCACGCUUCUUCAACUCAAUAAAUCUGCUCAGGAACUGGCUACUCACAUCGGGGAAGUUGUCAUCAACAAAUGCUUCUGCACUCGCAGGAAUCCCAUUAGCAUCUCGGCUGCUGCUAUAUAUUUAGCUUGCCAAUUAGAAGACAAACGGAAGACACAAGCAGAAAUUUGUAAGGUUACAGGUCUUACUGAAGUCACCCUCCGGAAAGUCUACAAAGAGCUACUAGAAAAUUGGGAUGAUUUGCUUCCGUCUAAUUAUACUCCUGCUGUCCCUCCAGAAAGGGCAUUUCCCACAACUGUAAUUGCUUCAGGCCGUUCUGCUGCUCCAAAAGUUGAUGCAUUUGAACGGACGUCUUCAGAGAAAGACAAGCAGAUAGACACUAAACCUAAUAUAUCCACCGAGAUCUCAGACAUGGGUCAUCCAUCCAGAGUCAAAGAAGAUAAUGAGAGUAAAUUUGUAUCCCGUGGAAUGUAUAACCCUGUAACUAACAAGUCAUCAACUUUUUGUCAGCCACAUCCUCCUCCUAAAGGCACUGUUGGGAAGAAGAGUCAAAGCGAUAUCCAGGGAAUGGAUAUUGUUAAGGAGCACCCGCACUCCACCGGCCAGCAAUAAGAACAGAAGAGGAUGAAGCUUGACGCCACCCAAUUAUGCUAUAUUGGUUAAGUGGAACUGUACGAUGUUGAAAUGAAAAAGGUAGAUUCAUAGUUAUGUUCUGGUAGAAGCGAACAUUUCCUUGCGUUUAUUUUGGAGAAAGACCAAGCAAAUGGAUUAGAAGUUCCCAAUGUAAGGCCUCGGCAAUUCAAUUGUCAUGGAGAAUUGCACUGUUUCCAACGAGGAUUAAGGUACAUAUGUAUAAUUAACUCGAACAUGUUAUGGUUUUGAACUCUUAUGCAUCACACACGAUAGUUCUCGUCUUUUACA